GUGUGCUUAUCGAUCAAAAAAGCGUAACAGUUUCACUUUUUCUGACGAUAUGCGAACCUAUAAUUUAUUGCGUCUCGAAUGCAACAAGGCAAAUCAGCAACGUUUUUUCGCAACGGACGAAAAACCGAACCGAUGCAACAACGUCAGAGAAAGUGAGGAAGACUGAAGGGAGGCUCUGGUGUGGAGGCAGCUAUAAAAACCAAACGCAACCACACAUCGACAUCAGUUCAUCAACAAACAUCACCAAAAAUGUUCAAUCAAGUGUUCGUCAUCGCUACCCUUUUCCUGGCGGCUUACGCCGGUUAUUUGGGUGAAUUGGAGGGUUACGGGGGCCACAUAGAAGGGGGCGAGAUCGAGUAUGGGGGCCAUCACGAGGAACACCAUCACGAACACCCUAAAUACCAAUUCAACUACGCUGUGCAUGACCCUCACACCGGCGAUGAGAAACAACACCACGAAGAACGUGAUGGUGACCAAGUUAAAGGGACUUACACUUUGAAGGAGGCUGAUGGCACUACUCGUGUUGUGGAAUAUAAAGCCGAUAAACAUAGUGGAUUUAACGCCGUUGUGCACAAAAUUGGCGAACCACACCACCAGCACCAACAAAUUGGACACAUCGGGGGCGGCUAUGGCGGACACUAUUAAUUUGUUUUGUGAUACUUUUUUUACCUCAAGUUUUUGUACUCUAAAUUUAAUAAAUUUGUUAUGAAAUUGA